AUGGAUUCCCAAAAUGUUGGUGUGCUAAAACAUGCCUCGUUGAGAAAUUACCCGUUCUUGUAUGAGUUAUACCUGAAGGACAAUAACAUUAGGUCCAUUGAGCCGGGAUCUUUCCAUCAUCAGAAAGAUCUUGAACUACUGUGGCUUCAAGAUAACAAACUCAUUAACAUAAGUCGUGAAACUUUUGAGGGAUUGAAAACCCUGAACGAACUUCGUUUGGAUCAUAACAAGCUACAGAGGAUUUUCCAGGGAACAUUUUCAUACACACCACUCUUGAGAAAGCUCGAUCUUCGGAAUAACACAAUAAGUGUGCUCGAGGAAGGUGCAUUUGACGAAUUGGAUUAUUUAGAAAAUAUUUUGUUAAGUUUCAACUCUCUGACAACUAUUAACAAAGGUGUUUUUGGAAAUUUAAUGUCCUUAAAGACUCUGGAGCUGGCUUCGAAUGGAUUAAAGACAAUUGAUGGAAAUGCUUUCGAUUGCGCUCCGUUAGUCAAUAAACUAGUGUUGAAUGGAAACAAGCUCGAUAAAAUUCCCGCGAAAGUUAUAGCGAACCUUAAGUUUCUAGAGUUUCUUUAUGUCAACAACAAUCCACUAGAGUUAAUAGAAGCAGAUGCUUUCAAAGGGCUACGACGCCUGACCACAAUUGAAUUAAGUCACUGCAAAAUUUCUUCGAUUCAAAAUGGGUCUUUUGAUGACCUCGGACACCUUGAAGCGGUCCAUCUACGUAAUAACCCUUUAAACUGCAAUUGUCACUUGAGAUGGCUUCCGACAUGGUUGUCAAGGAGACCAGGAUUGACAUUUGAUGGCGCCAUUUGUCACGAGCCAAAUGACAUUUCCGGAACUGGUUUGAACUCGGCAAACCUUACAUCCUUUGUUUGCUCAUGCGCAGCGUGUAAAAUGGAUGCAAAUUGCAGCGGGGAACCAGUCAAUUGUUCCUGCCCAGACAACUGGGCGGGGUCAUCCUGCAGUGAUACCUGUCAGUCAGACAGCGGGGCUGUCGGUACGUGUCAAAACUUUGGCGGGAAAUGCUUUUGCGGAAGAAACAUAACUACCAAGCCGUUGUCAAGUGCCAUUUGUUCAUUCAACAUAACCUCAGCAAAGUGCAGCGAAGAUGGCGAAUUAAAAAAAAAUGGGUCUCGUUUAGAGUGUAAAUGUAACAUAGGAUUUGAAGGGAAUGGAAGUCACUGCACUGACAUAAAUGAGUGUAACACGGGGAAACAUUUCUGUCUAGAACAUUCAGUAUGCAUCAAUACGCAAGGAUCACACCGCUGUGAAUGCCAGGAGGGGUUUACAGAGGAAGUUGAAGGACUGUGCAUGGACGUAAAUGAAUGUUCGAGGCAAAAACCAUGUCGUGUCAACGCUACAUGCUACAACAGUCUAGGUAUGUGGUCAAUUUAGUGGAUAACUUCAUUUUACCAUUCAAGUCACUAGCUGAUUGAGUGUCAAUGUGAGUGAAGUGAAUGAGUCGAAAUGACGUCCGUACUUGCUUGUUACAAGUAAUCCAGGAUUGCCCUAAGUUUUUUUUCACUUCAUUCUGUAAUUGGCCUAGAAGACUUGCGCCAAGUUUUCAACCAAUCAGGUACAAAAAUAACUAGUAACUAAUUCCGAAUUGGUUGCUGGCUUUUUUCCCGCGCUUAGUUCAGUUUUCUUUACGUUGGGUUCUCAUUGGCUCCCUGUGACAUUUUCUUAAUUCUGAUUGCCCUUCUGAUUGGCUGACGUGAAAGCCUUGGCUAAGGUUUUAGGACACUGGAUCGACAAAUGCUUUUAUUGUUGAAAGAUCAAGCGGGCUGAUAAACGCUGAUUGACCCAUGAACCAAACUGUUCCUUGACCGAGUGUGAUAUAAUCCGAAAUUCGAUUUCUUCCGAAACUGUGAUGCCUAACUAAAGUCCUCGAUGUCUAAAAGCCAGGAACUGAAGCAGCUCUUAUUACGCCGGAUUCCAAGCAUCAAAUCUUCAUUAACACGAACGAAAACUAUUUCAGUGAUUAUUUAUUCCUAAAGGCCUAAAACUCCGACGGGAGUCGUUUAAGAUGAGAAAAUUAAAAGUUUUCCCUAAGUUACCGCUCAAAAAGGAAUUAAUCAUGAUUAUUACCGGUUUAAAAACUCAGCUCGACAACGUAGGAGCACAGUGACUGCAAAUGAAUACAAUUUUAUGAUCAGAUAAGGAAAAUGCAAUUCUUAUUAAAAUGUAAAUCACUCUAUUACGAUUGUUACCUUGCAAACAUCUCCUUCAUCGAAAGGUGCUAAAUACAUAAAUGUCACUAUUUUUUAUUUGAAGGAAUUGACAGCUAUGAACACAUACAGUUUUGCCCGAAGUGCGAAGAAAUAUGCGCCGGAAUAUUGUUCUUGAUAUUUACGUUUGCGUUUCUCGUUUCAUGGCUAUUGCGCAAAUUUUCACAUUGAUAUCCGUAGUAUCCGAGCUACGUUCUCACCAAGAAAGAGAAAAAAAAUAUUUGGACAAUCUCAAAGAUAGAUCUUAGAUUUUUUCCCUUCCCGGGAUUGAUUUGCGGGAGAAAUGAUCAAAAAAGGAGAAAUUGAGUAAAAUUUACAACAGUCAAUCUUUUUUUUUAAAAUAAAGAUUAUGGCUCGGUCCAUACAUUAAACCAAAAAUGUCCGUAUUACAUGGACUAUGCUCAACUUAUUGUAAUGGAGGGUGUGUCGAAACAAAUUAAUUUUCAUCAGGUUUAUUGGUUUUAUAGUUGGUUCCUUUAUUUGACAAGUUUUUACCAGGCUGUCACUGGUUUUCAGAGGCAAAAACAAUUCCACACUACAAUUUUAUUGACGUUUUUAUUAAAAUUUUCUAUCAAACCGACGGCUUGAUCUAACAUUGCGAAAUGAAGGUGAACAACUGAUUUUAAUGAAGAAAGCAGAUAUUACCUUUUCUUUCUUUGGUACUCGAAUAGUACAAAAAUUGAUCUAUUAUGGUUUAGUUGAUUGUGCGAGUGAGCAAGGUUUUAAGAGGUUGAAAGGCACACUACAUGACAGCUUGUUUCAAAAUUACAAUCCUUGGUUCAGAGGCUGUGCUGGAAAACAAUAUGAAUCAAAGCUACAUGACAUUCCAAAUAGCAUAUACAUCACAUUUUACUUUGGUGCGAUAUUGAACAGAAAAACCUCACCACAUCCCAAAGCAUCCACGAGUACUUAAAAUUCCAAGUUAAUCUUUUUAUUGAUUCUCUCCAGGCUGUUAAUCAUAAAUCCGUGUCAACUUGAUGAAACAUGGAAUCGUUUGAUGUCGUAGAAACCCUUUUUGUAUGAAAUGAUCGAUCGCAACAAAUACAAUUCUCUAGGUUUUACCACUUUUCACCCGAAAAACGUUUCUGGACAGCUUCAAAUUUUGAAAUUAAGUUUCGUCUCUAGAUCGCUUAGCCCAGCUCAUUUCGGCGAAAACACUGAACAACAUCUACCUUGCAUAAAACGGCUCAGAAUAACAGCUGAGGUGAAGAAUAUGAAUCAAGGAGGUAUCAUAAUACUUGCGUUUGUGGUUGUUAAUGAUUUUAUAGACUUGCUCGCUUGCUCCACCAACAGAAUAUAUUUAUAAUUACCUUAUGGAUUUAAUUAGUUUGAGAAAAUUAUCUUUAACUACCUUUUUUCAUUUGCGUAAAGGUUCAUAUACCUGCAUAUGCCACGCGGGCUUCGUUGGGGAUUCCUGUAUGCCAGAACCAGAAAAGCCGACAGAUCUCAAAAUAACAGUCAUUUCUAGUACAGAGGCUUCCGUGUCAUGGACUGCUGUGGAUAUUUCUAAAACAAAGCUAAUUAAAGUGGAAUAUAAACGAUUUGGGAUUCGUGGCGAGGACUGGGAGGUUAUAAACCUGCAACCAAACGAAACAAGAGCAACUUUGAGAGAGCUGACACCUCAUGCAAACUAUUUGGUUCGUGUAGGUAUGACGGUCUUGUUGAUUUAGAACACUCAGCCUCCAUUACCACUCGAUUAGGCAAUCUGUAAGUACUAAAGAACCAUAAAAUCUUCAUUAUUUAGUGUUCAAAGUAUGGCAGAACUUUCCGAGCCCACAUUGUAUUUAUCAGCCACGAUCGAAUAUUCAACAAGUGAACGUCCUUUGAAGUUUUUUAAAAUCGCCGUCGACAACAAACGAAAACAAACGAACCACAACAACAGAAGUUUGGUGACAGUUUUUAAUGAGAAUGUCUCUGAUGUUUCGUUAAUUACUAGGAUCUGAAAGCGUGUGUGAGGUCAAUAUGCACUGUUUGAUGAUUUCCCUCACUCCUGUCACUUUUCUACUGUACAGAUUGAUAGACCUGCUGGGGCGUAUGUAUAUCGAUUAGUCCUGAGAUUUUAAGUGUUGUGAUCCCUGCGAUAAUUUUUAUUUCAUAUAGUUAAUAAUUCUUUAGGGAAAUAGUCACUGUGAUAAUGGUGAUGAUGAUGAUGAUGGUAAUGGCAAUAAUGCUGAUGACGAUUUCUGUCUUUUUUGUUUUUGUCUAGGUGCUAUUUCUUUUUUUAACACAAGCAAUUACAGCGAGAAGAACCUAUUCACAACUCUCGUAGCGAACACCCGGGGAACACAUCCGACAACAGACUCCCACUCCGACGGAGGUUUUCAAAACAGCUUGGUGAUCGUUGUGGCGCUCGCAGUGAGUUUAUUUGUGCUAAUAAUCAUCGCAGUGUUACUCGUCUACUUAAUGCGAAGGAAGAAGAAGCCCAAAAAGGGGAGCAAUCCACAAUAUGUCCCUGGACUGGAGGACUUGAUUGAGAUGAGAACCCGUACUCAGAGUGGUGGAGCUGAUCACAGAGGAAACAGAGAUCAUUUGGAGUUAGGUAAAGCAAUCAAUCCGUUGGUAUCUGGUGGAAUUCGAAGAGCCUUCUUAUUCAUGCGACUCGUAACCAUAUUUGUUUAUUGAAAGAACGUGGUUACAUGGAAAAGGACUGUAACUUAUAAAUGUUUAUUUGGAAGCAUCAGUAUGGCCGAAUUUUAUUUCAUAUAAACACUUGCAUUGUCUGAUGUUAGACGACGAGCCAAACUCAUUGAUUAGAGCUUCAUAGUGGCAACGCAAACAUAAACGCAUAAUGGACCUAUUUAAUGACUCAAUCGUAAAUCUUUCUUUUUUUAAUAAUAGUUCUAUUCCGACCUAAAUUAUGUCUUUCAUAUUUUGUUACUCCUCAGGCGGUAAUCUGCAUUCGUUCUUAAGCGGUACAGUCGAUCACACUGAUGAAUGGGAAAUUGAGCGAGACCGUCUUCUAACUGGUCAAAAACUCGGAGAAGGCCAGUUUGGUUUGGUGUUGGAGGGUACACUUAUGACUGGUGAGUACAUGGAGUGAAAGUCCAUUUAGUGUCGUAAGCCUAAAACAAAGUUUUUACAGCUUCUGGUGGAAACGAUAAAAAAAAAAAAUGUCACAAGUGGUGUGAAGUAUCAAGUCAAAAACUAUUUUACUGAUUUUUUUAUAUUUAAUACUUAUUUAAUACCUAAAUUCAAACUGUAGAGUUAUUUGCAUGGGUUAGGCUAUCGCAAUGAGUCUUCUGAUUGUGACUGUUUUUCUAACUUUCAUCAGUACACGUGCUAAGUUUGUCUACUGACGCUGCCUCGCGCUUACACUAACGUUCUUGUGUUUGGCGGUGGCCGUCAAAGAUUAAUUGUUUGACUGGAAGCAUUAAGCCCCUUUGUUGUUUAUUUGUUAGCUUUUUGUAAAAUUGUUUGGGUUCUCGCUCUGGCAACAAAUGUUUAAUGAUUUCUAAAUGACUUGGCAGGUAAGCCCAGACGCGCCUACCAAUAGUGAAUAUAAAAGCACCCAACUCAUAGUAUGACUUUGGAAACUAAUUUCGAUUUUGGACAAGCCUAACACAUAAGAGAUUACGGUUCGAUUUUAGACACUUGUGUCCGAUUUUGGUCACUGGUGUCCAAUUUUAGACACAAGCGUCCGAUUUUUGGACACCAGUGUCCGAUUUUUUUCACUAAUGUCCGAUUUUAGACAUUAUUGUCCGAUUUUAAGUGCUAGAGUGCUACUUUGGAUGAUAGUGACGAUUUUGGACACUUGUGCCCAAUUAUCCAGUAUUAUACACUAGAGACCAAUUUUGGAUGAUAGUGUCCGAUUAUCCGCUUGUAGAAACUCGUGUCUAAUUUUACACACUAGUGUCCAAUUUUGGACAGUAAUAUCUGAAUUCGGACACUAAGGUGCCUUUGUGAACGCUAUUGUCUUAGCAGUAGAAGGUUAGUUCUGAUGUCGAACCGCACUGUUUUAUUUAUUGAUGCUACUGGACCCUGUAGAGAUGACUGCACAGCAAAAACUGAUGGGGGAAAUAUUAAUUUUAAUUUUUUCCCCGACUUAGGUUGGGAUAGUUGGAGUGUGCCUCAGACACACUGUGUUUGUGAUUUGCUGUUGAAAAUAAGUUUGAGGUCUUAAUUUUUCCUUUACUGUUACAGAUGACGGCCCCAUAAAGGUUGCAGUGAAAACCAUUAAAGAACACGCUGAUCGCUUUGAUUACAAGGAUCUACUCCUGGAAAUGGAUAUGAUGAAAGAGAUUGGACAACACCCACAUGUCGUCAGCCUAAUUGGCACAUGCACCACACCAGGACCGCUGUACAUAAUAACCGAGUAUGUUUCAGGUGGAAACUUACUUGAUUACCUGCGUUCCAGCCGUCCAGCGGAUGAGACCUACGUGAAUAUCAUCUCCACGCUGAGUUCACGUGAUCUUCUUAAGAUUGCGUUGGACUGUGCUCGAGGAAUGAAUCACAUUGCUCUGAAGAAAUUUGUCCAUCGAGAUCUUGCCGCUAGAAAUGUUCUCCUCACCGCUGAACAUGAAGCGAAAGUGGCAGACUUUGGACUUGCGCGUGAUGUUUAUGGCGAUGGGCAGUACGUUAAGACUGGAGUGGGGCGUGUCCCUAUAAAAUGGAUGGCCCCCGAAUCCAUUCAAGAUCAGAUCUACACUACCCGUUCGGAUGUCUGGUCUUUUGGGGUCCUCCUAUGGGAGAUUGUUACCAUCGGGGCUUCCCCGUAUCCCUGUGUUCCGGUGAAUCUUCUCCUAACGAAACUCCUAUGCGGCUAUCGUAUGUCUAAGCCAGCACACUGCUCUGACGAACUCUACGGAUUGAUGAAAACUUGCUGGCGCUUGGAUCCCGAAGAAAGACCGACAUUUCCCGAAAUUUGCGGCACCUUGUCGGAGAUGCUGUCCGAAUCGGCGAGGUCUUACGUCAAUAUCACUGUCAGUGAGGAACAAAUGGGGUCUGGGGUAGAGUUUAGCGACGACACCAAUGAGCAGACGACCUCUGUUUAAUUUCUGUUUCAUCAAAUUUUUUUUGCGCGUGAGUUUAGUGAUGCCGCUACUAAGCAGACGACCCCUCAGAUUUUCUUGUGCGCGAAAGUUGGAUGUUAAAAACAUAAGCGAAAGUGUUAUUAAUGUAUAAGAUUAAUGUAAAAUAACACUUGCAUUGUUGCAUACUUUAGAAACCUAUAGUAACAGUUCGGCGAGCUUUCGUUUUCUUUUUUAAUUUACCUUACUCGCCCUUGUUCCAAAUUCCUGUCCCAGAUUUUGUUUGCGAAGUAUGGAGCAUUUGUGAAUAGCUGAAACCAAGAGAUUAUAAUAUCUUGCUGUAUAACAUGAAUAUUGAAUUCGAUUUAAAAAUAAUUUGAUUUUAAACGAUGAAAGUCCAGAGCCUCUAGAAACGGAAAAUGCUCACAAAGAGAUAAAACUUGAAUCAUGGAUCUUACUAAUACACGUGCGUUAGAUGUGCCAUGGC